CUAAUCUGUGAAGUGCUGUCAUGGGCUGAUGUGUAUUUUGUUGCACUGCAUUCCCUUUUCUACGAAUUGUAGAUAUUAAUCGUUUUGCAAAUUUUUAAAUGAAACUCCACGUUAAACAAAUUGGAUAGUGUUUGCUAUCGUAUCAGUGUUGUUAAACAGUGGUCGAAACGAGCCACCUUGUAGUGGCGGGUGACAUAAUUUUCGUAUUGCGUAUCAUGUAGUUAUUGUGGUUUAUUUUGUGGCUUGCAGCAUCUAUUUUCGACUCGAGAAUCGUCCCUAAGGAGCCCAAAUGACGUGAUCCAAAAUGAGCUGGCUGCGGACCCCGGUGUUCACGCGGCAACUCUCGCGCAGCCUCGACCCGCGGCACGACUACGAGCCGCAGGCCUGCUACAGCUCCUUCUGCAAGCACUGGCAGCAGGCACACGAGAUCAUACUCAAAUCACAGCCACGCCAACUUCAUGAUGACGUGCUGGCCGUCGCCAAUCACCUAGAACAACUAUCAACCCUGCUGGAGCUUGAAGCGCGGGCCCGAGAGACCAACACCGUGGCCACGUCGGGGGCGUGCCUCGAACACUUGCUGUCAGAGAACCUUCUCGACAAGCUGUACGAAUGGGGCAAUUCUACUGGCAUGUACAAGAACGCCGUGCGUUCAGAGCAACUGAAGCUGUUUGGAAAUCUCAUCGUUCAUUACAGCUCACAGGUGUUAGCAGCAGAGCCAUUCCUUAGGCCUCUUCUGAAACUGUUCAGCGGGUUGAGGAACGAAUUAAUCCCGCUCGAUCAGGAAACUCAAUUGGUGAUGGUCUUGAACCACCUGAGCGUCGCCCUGAUGCAGAACAUCGAUUUUAUAGACCUGUUCUUCUUGACUAACCACACGCAAACCGAAGCCAAGCCUGAGUUCAUAAUAGCCCGCCUCCUCCUAAAGUUCGUCCACCGCGAAGGCCCCAAGGGCUCAGCGGCGCGCGACGCCCUGCUGCUGUGCGCGAACAUGUCUGCGCGGUGCCCGCAGCUGGCGAGGUGCAUGCUGGAAGGAGACACUUGUCCUGUGCUGGCCACAGGCCUAAGCGGGCUUUACUCGCUCCUCCCGCGGACUUUGGGCGACAACGUGUACCGACUAACGGCCGACGACGUGAACCAGGGCCACAAGCUGACGCUGUUCACCGACUCGGUUGAGUUCUGCAACGCUGUAGCACAGGUCGCGCAUCCGUCCAUUAAGAAGCAGCUGCUCGACCUGCUGUACCAAGGGUUCCUCGUGCCCGUCAUGGGGCCCGCCUUACUCCAGACGAAACCCGGGCCGUUGCAGAGUGGCGCUCCCGAGCAGGCGGCGGCGAUGGCGUACCUAGAACUAGUGCUCAGAUGCUCAACGCAACGAGGCUUGCUGAGGGCAAUACUGCAUUUUCUCUUCACUUACGAGUACGAUGGAGUGAAGCUGAUUGAUGUGAUGCUUAGAAGAUUGGAUGGAAAUACUCAGCUCUCCCUAGUCUCUUUAUCCCUAAUGGAGACCCUCAUCGACCUGAAUUGCGAAGACGUGAUGAUCGAGCUAGUCUACAAGUACCUCCUGAAAGGCCACCACUUACUCACACACCGACCAACACCGCCCGACCCCGACUCAUACAGAGACGCCGCAAUGUCCUUCCUAAGUCUCAGCCCACAGUGCUGCUUUAGGCCUUUGAGUAGGACAAGAGCGUGGGUGGAUGAACUGGCCAUGAGCGGUCGGAGAGUGUUGGAUUUGAAGAGAGAUGAUGAGAGGGUUAAUGGAGUCCAAGAUGGGAUCGCUAUGAACAGUUUGGUGCAAGAUAUCAAGGUUAAUUAUGGGAACCCAAACGACACCCUAUUCGGCAACUACCAUGCGUACCUAUGCGACGCUCGAUUCGAAAUCGUCUCUCGCGCGCUCGCUUGCGCUCACUGGAGCUCCAAAUACGACACCAUUACCCUACCCAAGCCGGAACCGAACAACAACACGAAAGAGACGAGAGACGAGCCCAUCCCCACGAAAGAGCAAGACAGCCUCAUAUCCAACUGCACCAGCGGCUACGAUACUUUAAAAACUAGCGACACCUCAGAAAAAGAACCACACAGUUUAACAUCGCUGAACGAAGCGGAUGAAGAGGAACAGCAAGAUGUAAACGGCGAUGGGAAAGACAGAGACAGCCUAAUAUCGAUGGGUAGUGAUAGUGAUAAGAAUGAGGAGUUUGUCGAAGACUCGUUUAGGAUGUGCUUCUUGAAGGUGGACAGGGAUUAUGAAGAAGUGCCUGUGAUAAAGAACUGGGUGGCUGGCGGGAGAGUCAGUCCGGCGUCACUUAUCGGCCCUCUCCUAAGCAGCCUCCUGAAGAAAGCCGCGGCCCUCCUAGAAUCAGACGUGCUCAGCAACUGCCUGGUGACGGGGCUGCUCGGGAAGCUGUGCGCGGCGCCCUGCGCGCUGCUGCCCGGCCUGCUGCUGCCGCAGCCGCACACGCAGCCCAACGUGCCCUCCCUGUACCAGAUACUAAGCAAGCUGCGGGACGAGCUGGACGAGUUGACCAGCGGGCUGGACAACACCGCGGAACUGGUGGACAAGGCGCGAGUGUUUCUCGUGCAGAGAGAACUGCUACUAGUCAGGAGGACCAGCAACGAAGGGCCCAACAACAGCAGCAGUCCUCGCGCCGAUGAGCCUCUACAUCGCGGCGAGACCAAACGGCGGAGUUUGAGCACUAGUAUAUCCAACAUGUUCGGACGACGAUUAUCAGCAUCCCCAUCGCAGCCGCACAGCAUCCCGCACUCGACCAACUCGCCCGCCAAGCGGCCCGUCUUCACCCAAGAGGCCUACUGGAACCAGUCCAUCGCCCUCCGUUCCACCCUCAAUGCCGUCCUACUGGACGAGUGGCUCAAACAACUCGCAGCUCUCUGUGAGGAACAUGCACUUAGACUCUCCGCUGCCAACUAUGAGGACGAUACUUAUUUACGAACGGUAGGGUUAUGACUGUUAGCUAAACGGGGAAUCAAGGAUGUAGCUACGCGAGACACGUCUGUGUGACAGAGAGAUGUACAUUGAAAUG